UGCUUGUUUGGUGCUGAAUGAGACAUUUUACUGCACAACAAAAUUAUUACAUGUUGGGCUUAGAGGGCAAACUGUAAGAUUUUGCUUGAUCUGUAUGUUACCUGGCUGAUGGGGCCAUGCGCGGAUCUACGGGGUGGCAAAGGGUGGCAACUGCCACCCCUGGGACACAGUCUUGCCACCCCUGUUGCCACCCCAUUUAUAAAUCAGAUAAUAUUUUUUUAAGUAUAUUUUAUGUUCAUACAUGUUGGACUGUGAGAAGGUGUGAAACCCGCACCAAACUCCUCUCAAACAGAAAUCGCCGAUUUAGAAUCCCCCGCCCCCUCACAAUGGUUUCACCCAUCACCAUCAGCGCAGUGACCCCCGUGAAAUUUCACCAUUGGCAGCAGAUUUCACAGUGCAUGCAACUAUGUGUCAACUGUCUGUAGGCCUACAACGAAGUGGUUGUGGCCCUCCCCCUCAGGUGGAGCACACCAAGCCGAUAGAACAGACCGUGUUUCCAGUGAACCACACAAUGCGUUACGAGUGUGAACAUGGUUUUAAGAGGAAAGCGGGAACAUCAAGCCUGAUCAAAUGCAAAACAACAGGCUGGGAAUCCAAACUCAAUCUGACUUGUAUCGAAUCCAGAAACGGAAGGUACCGAGCAGAGAGUAAAACGAAGAUUCCAAAUCGGGGAAAGGAGUGACAUCUGCAUAAGACUGCCCAAUGCAACAACCCUGGCGGGCCUUCCUUGUCUCCCCCUGGUGGCGGCUGUGCGCCUGUUUGUUCACAGUGUCUCCCUGUGUGGCACAGGUGACCCGACCAGGUGUGUCUGAUUGGCCAGGGAUUGAUGGGGCUAUGAAAGGCCCCAUUCUCCUCCUCCUGGGAUUUUUUACCUAUUUUUUUGUUUGUUUUAUAUCCCUAGACUGACUUUGCACCACAUGUUUGGUUGUCUAUCAUUACACUGACCUGCAGCACACUUUUGCAUUCUUUAUUCUUAUUUAUUAUUAUUAUUAUUAUUAUUAUGCUUUAAUAAACUGACUUUAUUAUUAUUGAAA